AUGGACGGAAACACUCUGGGAUCCUAUGGCGGCAGCCUCGUCGCUCGUGCAGGCGGUUUACAUCCUCCACCAGAAGUCCUUCUCAGCUGGCCAAAACCGAAUUAUGUCGACCCGGAGGAACGAGGUUGGGGACCCCCAAUACUGCUCAUGGUCGUCUUGGGCAUCACCUUCCUGGUAUACUGUGCGCGGAUGUGGGCAAGGCUGGUCAUAUCGAAGAACUUUGGGCUGGAUGACAUACUUGUCAGCAUGGCAAUGCUGCCGCUAUUCGGUCUGACCAUAUCAAGCGUACUUGGUAUUCGUAUCUAUGGCUUCCAAUGGCACGUCUGGGACCAGACCAAAGAAACUCUAGUAACGACAAGAGAGAUCGCUUUUGCAAUCGAACUUAACUACAUGUUAACCUCGACGCUGAUCAAAGUCUCGAUCCUUUGCUUCUACCGCCGAAUCGGUGAUCGUCUGACGAAUCAGUUUAUCUACUGGGUCUACGGCACCAUCGCCUUCUGCAUCAUCUACGGAAUUGCCUUCACUAUUGCCAUUGUCUUCACAUUCACCUACGACAUCACCUGGGCAGCAUAUUCUGGCUGGAUCUGGACGACACUCGAAGCCCAGCUAGCCGUAAUGUGCGCCUCGGCGCCCUCACUCAAAGUCUUCCUCGGUCGCUACUUCAGCAUGUACACCUCGCGCGCCGGCUACUCUCAGACUGGAAUCCCCGGUCAAGCGUCCGGCCCGUCUUCAAACGCACUAUCGCAAGGCUUCACCGGGAAAGCAUCACAGCACUCGACACAACGGUCACAGUGCACUGCCGGAUCUAUUCGCGGUGACGUUCCGUUGGAAGGCAUCCAUAUAACCAAUAAGUUGGAUGUCAAAGUUGAAGAGCGGGAUGAUUACGAGCAGGCCAGUCUUCACAGCACUAAGGAGCUCACUGCGCUACCCGUGUCAUCGCAGCCUAGUUGGCGGGAUGGCUGCAAGACAGUUUGCGCAGCGCUCCGACCGGGCAGCAGAGGCACAUCAGCAACUCGUGGUCGGAGUCGCGAGAGGGACGUCGAAGCCGGGCGCGCUUAUUGA